UCUUAAAUUUGUUUCAAUUUCAGGUAUACCAUAUUUAAAAUUAAAAUGUCUGCGCCAGAUCUAGAGUUGAAGAAAGCCUUCGGGGAAUUACAGAUGAAAAUGGUUGAGAGCAAACAGAAGAUCAAGUUGAAUGAUAUGCAAGUUGAAAGCCUGAAACGAUCUAUUGCUCACUCUAUGCUCACGGAUCAAGAGAUUGCAACUCUGCCCCAAGGAACUAAGGUUUAUGAAAGUGCAGGGCGUAUGUUCCUGCUGAGUGAUAUCGCUGAGGUUAGGACAGGGUUGGAGAACAAGCAAACCGUCUGCAAGGAUAAGAUCAAGGUUCUAGAGACCAGCAAGGAAUAUCUUGAGAGAAGUGUUAAAGAGUCGGAGAAUAAUCUUAGAGAAUUAAUCUCCCAGAAGAAAAGUUCAAACUAAACCUUCAAACUUCAAGAUCUUUGCUCUGGUUCCUAAUACAGCUCUUGAGGUGUUUGCUUGUAUGAAGGAAUAAGAAAAUAUCCAUCAAUCCGUUCAAACAGCCGGAUAGCUUAACUAAGUCCAUUAAUAACUACUCAUCCUUUUAAACAAAUAAAUUAAUUCCUGUCUUAACCUCUAAAUUUCAGAAA